AAGAGGGCGAAUUUGUAGUCGCCUUUAAAUGAACAAGCAAUUAGGGCGAGUUCUUGUCGCUGUCUCAUAUAUGAACAAAUAGGGCGACUUGUUUGAGGUUGCCCUUCUUGGUAAUAAUACAAGGGCAAGUUUUAAAAGUCGCCCUGGUUGAUCAAAUAACUAUACGAAAAUAGUAAAACAUGAGAGUUCAACUCGUUCAGCUAUACGAAAAUAAGAAAACAUAAAAAAGAAACUUCAAGAGUUUUCCCCAAAUUCCUUCCAGCCUUCCAGGAGCCAGUGUUCUUCAUUUUCCCUAAAAUCCCAAAUUCGUUUUCCCUAAAAAAUAAAUCAAUAAAUGCUAAGAUAUUUCGUAGCUUCUGAUUCUCUCCCUAAUUUCUUCAUAGAUUAUCCUAAUUUAGUCGAAAGUAAUUGAAUUUCUCAACUUGUUUAAGCUUAGUUCGUAACCUCGGGGGUUUUGUUCGAACUUGUGAUCUUCUGCUGAGAACGAUUGUUGCUGAGAUUUGUUCGAGAGGAGACCGAUUUCUGCUUACUGAUAGCAUGGAUAAUGAUAGGAGUUGGAUGCAUAUUCAAGGGUUGAGCAAUCGGCUACAACCAACUUACCGAAAUGGUGUUAAAAGUUUUCUCGAAUUUGCUUUCAAGGACACAAUCCUUAAUACUGGGGCUAAGAAAAGGUGUCCUUGUUUGAAGUGUCGAAAUUAUAUCGACCAUGAUAGAGAGACAAUGCGUGCCCAUCUUUUCCGAGUAGGAAUAGAGCCUGACUACAAUCCUUGGAUAUUCCAUGGAGAAGAACAAUCCCUAGACAUGGGAAACAUGGAAAUGUCCGAGGAGGAAGGCGAUUGGUUUGAUGAUGAAGAUCCUCUCGUAUCAGAGGAGAUGGCAGCUUUGGUGCAUGAUGCCACAAAUGUAGUGCCCGAGAAUUUGAAUGAGGAAGAAGAAGAGGAUCGUGCUGAGAUUCCUGAUAAAUUUCAUAGGUUGAUGAAAGAUGCAGAAGAAGAAUUAUUCUCGGGUUGUAAAACCUUUUCAAGGUUGGAGUUCAUCGUAACUCUCUUACAUAUUAAGGUUAGUGGACAUUGGCCUGAGAAGUCAUUUAGUCUGCUCCUUAAUGCAUUACAAAAGGCCUUCAAUUAUGAUCCAAAAUUUCCAAAGAGCUCCCGUGAAGCCCAGAAGUACACAAAAGAUCUUGGGUUGAAUUAUGUGAAGAUCCAUGCUUGUGUGAAUCAUUGCAUUCUUUAUAGAAAGGAGUAUGAAAAUGCCGAUUCAUGCCCUACUUGUGAGGAGUCCAGAUGGAAAGAAGGUAGUGGUGAAUUUGAUGAUAGUGUCACAUUUUCGGAAUCUCAAGGGACCUCACAACGGAUUCCUAGAAUACCUCGUCUAGUUCUUCGUCAUUUUCCUUUAGUCCCUAGGCUUCAAAGGCUUUUUAUGUCUUCAAAAAUUGCUAAGCACAUGAGAUGGCAUAAGGAUAGGAAGCGAGUUGAUAAGGACGUAUUAAGGCAUCCAUCUGAUUCAAAGGCAUGGGAGAAGCUCGAUGAUUCAUUUCCUGAUUUUGCAGCAGAUCCACGUAAUGUGAGAUUAGGUCUUUCAACUGAUGGUUUCAAUCCUGGUGCACAUUUAGGCACUAAGUACAGUAUAUGGCCAGUCUUUUUAGUGCCAUAUAAUCUCCCACCAUGGAUGUGUAUGACAAGUCCUUACAUCAUGCUAUCACUCUUAAUUCCUGGUCCAAAGUCCCCCGGAAAUGAUAUAGAUGUGUUCUUGGAGCCGUUGAUCGAUGAACUUCAAGAGUUAUGGGAAGUUGGGGUGAAAACUUAUGAUUCACAUAGUCGCCAAAAUUUUAAUAUGAAGGCAGCGUUAUUGUGGACAAUGAGUGAUUUUCCUGCUUACGGGAAUCUGUCUGGUUGGAGUACUUGUGGUAAACUUGCUUGCCCAACAUGUCAUAAGCAUACUUGGCACAAGCGGUUAAAGCAUGGAUCGAAAGAAUGCUUUAAAGGUACUCGUAUGUUCUUGGAACCCGAUCAUAGGUGGAGAAAUGACAAGAAAUCUUUUGAUGGGGAAAAGGAGAGACGACCACCUCCUAUUCCUUUGUCAGGGGAUGAGAUAUUAGAGGCAUUUGAUGGUGUCCCCAAUGUGAUUUUUGGGAAGAAGCGAAAGAGAACCGAUCGAUACUUGUUUGACCAAUGGAAGAAGUUGAGCAUCUUCUUUAGACUUCCUUAUUGGAGUAAGCUUUUGAUAAGACACAACUUAGAUGUCAUGCAUAUUGAAAAGAACAUUUGUGACAGUAUAUUAGGAACAAUACUUGAUAUUCCUAACAAGACAAAAGACACCUUGAAAGCUCGAAAGGAUUUGAAGGAGAUGAAUGUGCAUCAUAAUUUAAUUCCUAUUAAGAUAGGUGAUAAAUAUGCCAUCCCUAGAGCACCAUAUCAGUUGACAUCUAUAGAGAGGCGUAAAGUAUUGGAGUUCUUGUCCAAGGUUAAAGUGCCAGAUGGUUACUCUUCUAACAUAGCUCGAUGUGCAAGUAUGGAAGAUGGAAAAAUCUCAAACAUGAAAAGUCAUGAUUGUCAUGUGUUCUUGCAAGAUUUGCUUAAACCGGAAUUUCAAGGUAUCUUACCUAAGGAGGUGCUAGAACCUUUGGUUGAGCUUAGCUUAUUUUUUAAGCAAUUGUGUUCUAAAAAUCUAAAAAUUGAUGUGUUGGAGAAGAUGGAAAAGAGUAUUGCAAUUACUCUUUGCAAGCUUGAAAAGGUAUUUGUUCCGGCUUUCUUUGAUAUUAUGGUCCACCUUCCAAUCCACUUGGCCAAUGAGGCCAAGAUAGCUGGCCCAGUGCAGUAUCGUUGGCAAUAUCGGUUUGAAAGGGAAAUGCACACAAUGAAACCUACUGUGAGUAACAAAGCACAACCAGAAGGCUCGAUAGCUAAUGCACGCAUAAUGGAAGAAUGUCUUUCCUUUAUAUCUAGAUAUCUAAAUGGGAUUGAGACCAAGUUCAAUCGCAUGAGUAGAAAUGACAUGGAUAGGCAAGAAUCUCUGUUGUUUAAGUUAUCAGUUUUCCAAAAGAAGGGGAAUCCACUAGGCAAAAGAACAUUUAAGCAAUUGAGCUUUUUGGAUUGGAAGCAAGCUCAAUUGUAUGUUCUGAUGAAUUGUCAAGAAGUACAACCAUUUAUAGGAGAGUACACCACUAUACAUGGGCCAAAACCAAGUCUAGUUGAUUGGUUUCGAUCUCAGAUUUGGAAGCUUUACACGGAGGGGGAUCCAAGAGUAACAACUGAGUUACUAUCAUUGUCACGAGGCCCGAGUAAGAGUGUGAAAAGCUAUCAAGGAUACUAUGUAAAUGGGUAUCGCUUUCACACUAAGAAGCGUCAAAGAAGGCGAAAGACGCAAAAUAGUGGAGUAAUUGUUAAAGGAGAUGCAGAGAGUGGAGAAAAGGACUUAUUAUGUUAGGGCACAUAAUGAGCCAGAUUGGAGAAUUGUUAUUAAGACUGUCCCUCGUAAUUUCUACAAUUUCCCUAUUGUUGAGGUAGAUGGCUCCGAUGAUGAUCAUGACGACGUUGGAUUGGACUUUGAAGUACCAAAUUCAGUGGAAGGUGAUGGAGAUGAUGGAGAUGAUGAUGAUGAUGAUGAUGUUCUCUUACCAAGAAAUGAUGUUCCUCCAGAGUUGGUGAAUGCAAGUGAUUUUGAGUUGGAAAAUGAGGUUGUGAAUGAAGAGGAAGAAGAAGAUAGUGAGCAAGAUGAGCAACGUGAGCUAGACGAUGAAGAAGAAGAAGAAGAAGAAGAAAUCCCUGGGGGCUUGUAUGACUUGGACAGUGAAUAACUCAUCGGCUUGCUGCUAAGGAGCUUUUUUGUUUCUCAUUUAUGCUACUAGUUAUAUGUAUUCAGGACCUAAUUUGAAUUGGUUAAUCUUUAAUGGAACUUAAUAUUUCUUAUUGUUUGUCCAUUACAUAAAUUCCUAAUUUAUAAGUCUUGUUCCUAAUUUCAAUCUGUUUGCAUCUUGUUUUGACCUUAAUAUCUGCCCCUCCUUUACUUUCUGGUUUAGUUGUUUGCAUCUGGUUUUGACCUUAAUAUUACAUAAAUUUCUAAUUUAUAGGUCUUGUUCCGUUGUUUUCAGGAGUUGAUUUGAUGGCUUCUAGCUCAAGAAAUUUGCCCGAAGGUGA